CUGAGCUUAAGCGUUUUCUGCUCUGUGAGAACCCUCCAAAUGGUUAAGACCUUGAGGAGAGAGAGACUCUGUGAGAAAUGGCAAACCAGCAGAAGAGAGGGUUCUUGUACAUUUACAAAGGCGGGAAAGGGAAUCCAAGGAAGAAUAAUGAGCUUGAUCAGCCUUCUGGAGUAAUAGAGGCGGGGAAGAAAUCCAACUCACUCGGUUGGCUAACUAGAAUAUCAAAAGCUCGAAGCUUGAAUGUAGGCAUUAAUGGUGGCCAAAGAGGAUUAGCGGCAGCAGCAGGAAGUGGAUUUGUUGAGGCAAGAAAAUCAACUUCUUGCUUAGAGAUGGGAUCAGGAGGGGCAUAUGAGGAGGGAAGAAAGUCAGUAUCUGCAGAAUCGGAAUCAGGAGGAGUAAUAGUUGAAGGAAGAAAGUCAGUAUCUCACAUCGAAACAAAUCUGUUCGCAGUAAGAGGGAUAUCUGAGGGGAGAAAGUCAGUGUCCCAAAUUGAAACACUGUCCUCUGUGACUGCAUAUCUUCAGGUGAAGGUUUUAGUGACUGACAUGCCAAGCUUCAUGCAAGUGCAAGCCUUUCGCUGUGCCAGGAGAACAUAUGAUAGCCUGGAGACGUUUAGCUCCAAACAUAUCGCUCAUAACAUAAAGAAGGAGUUUGACAAAGCGUAUGGUCCGGUUUGGCAUUGUAUUGUGGGCUCAAGUUUUGGCUCUUUCGUGACGCACUCAACUGGGUGUUUCCUGUAUUUUUCAAUGGAAAAAUUGCAUAUUUUACUGUUCAAGACCAAAGUUAAGAAAGUUUCAGGUUGAAUAAAAUAUAUAAUCUUAUCAUACAGGAUAUUCAACACAUAUAGACUUUUGAUUCUGGAAAAAGUCUCAGUUGUAUUUAGAUAUCUGUACAUGAAAAUUCGUAUAAUGUAAUGAAACUUGUUUUAUUAUUAUGAACAUAUGCUUUAUUUUCU